AUAUAUAAUAUAUAGUUCGUUUUGAGCUAUACUGAUAUAUUCAGAUGGAGAGUAUAGUAAGAGAGAGAUCAUCAUCAAGGUUAGUGCUUUUCUUGUUCGGUCUUGCUUAUGUUUUCCUGUCGCUAAGCUCAAACUCUGUUAAUGGGUUACGAGAGCUAAAGGAGAGAGAUGUAAGUGAGAGUAAUUUCAUGAAUGCUACUACUUCUUCAAGCGUUUUGAUCCACUCUAAGAAUACUGCCAACAUUUCGACCGUUGGGUUUGAAAAUGCCUUAGUUGGUCAGAAUAGUAACGUUGACAAGAAUGGCAAAUGUGAAACACGAAGCGGAGGAGGAGGCGGUGGGGGUGGAGGCGGAGGAGGAAAUAGUGGGAAUGGAAAAGACAAUUCCCACAAAAAGAAAAAUAGAAGCGGUGGCGGCGGAGGAGGAGGUGGGGGCGGGGGUAGCGGAAAUGGCUCAAGCCGUGGUCAGGGUGGAGGAGGCGGAGGAGGGGGAGGCGGUGGGGGAGGGGGAGGCGGCGGUGGUGGAGGAGGAGGAGGGGGAGGUGGUGGCGGCGGCGGAGGUGGAGGAGGAAAUGAUGGGAAAGGCGGAGGAUGGGGGUUUGGAUUUGGAUGGGGAGGUGAUGGACCCGGCGGCUACGGUGGUCGCUGUUGGUAUCCCGGUUGUGCUAAAAAGUCAACGGAAACUCAUAAUUAAAAAGUCAGAGAUCGCCUGAAAGAACAAUGAUACGUAUGUCUUACAAAUCAUGCUUUGUAGUUUAAUUUGUCACCACUUCUUCAUACACAAUAAUUCCCCUGUUUUUCCCUUUACAACGAUUUCUUUCUUUUAUUCUUGUAAUAUCUUUGCUUCGAUUGAAAUGUUAAAUGAUGAUAUUUUUCGA